CUGUUCGAAGUGUCGAGGGAAGGCGCUGGACAGCGGAGGGACAAGAAGGGAUUGCUUUUACGCAGAAGCGGCUUUGGUUGGCUAGAUUCUGCGCAUGGUUGUCCUUAAUCCAACGCGCUUUGAUAUGCGCCCUGGCGCUGCGGUUAGUUGCGCCCAUCUGCUUUCACCAGUUUUGAGCUUCUUGAUCACUCUAUGUUCGAAGAACCCCGCUAGGGGGGUGGUGGUAUGUGUCAGUAAGGGGUGAAAAGUGGAGUAGCAGCGGCCAACAAGAGAAUGACAUUCUCCAAACAGAUCACAUGUCGCAUAUUCACAAUCCCAUUGGAACACACCGGAAGGAGGUGGGCCUUUCAGGUGCAGAGUGUUCCUGAGAGUGUGACUGAAGCUGCUGGCCAGACAAGUCUGUCCGAGCUGGCAACCAAGAUUCAGGGCAAAGAGAAAUUCAAUGACCGCCUUCAAUUGCUGAGCGCAUGGGGCACUGCAAAGGCUAAGGCACAGUGGGCCGACCUGGAAGGAGCUCCCCCAAAGAGCCUCAAGAAGCGCCUUGCAAACCUUGGAAACUACCUUCUCAGCAAGAUUCAUCCUGCGGAAAACUUUUUGAAGAGCAUACCGCCUGAGUUCACCACACUCCAUGUUGUCCACCCUGCUGAUGUGCACUCAACUCUGGUACGGCGACGGAUCAGGCUCAUCGCCAAAAGAGGCCCCAACAUCCACCGAUGGUGGACGUACGCAUCCAUAAGCGCGUUGCCCGUGACUUUCUUGCUGCCAAGCCCUGUCUUCUUCUACAAUCUCUUCCGUGUACAUGCAAACUGGUCCAGCUGGAAGGGCGGAAGCCGACUGUUAGCUCACCUAGAACAGUCUUCUGCAAUUUUGCGAACUUCGUCACAGAUAAAAGCAAAAGAGUUGAAAGGUCUUUCCCAUCCAGAGAAGGAGAAAGGGAACGCUGGGCAGACUAGUAUGCCCGUGCUUCGGUUUGAAUCUUCGAAAGAGCUUUCUUCCAAAAUUAUCGCGUCCAAAGAGAAGAAAAGGAAAGCCGGAGACAAGGUUCCGAGUAAACAAAUCAUUGAUGAGCAGCUCGAGAUCAUAUGCAAGAGACACGGGUUGGAUCUGCCUAGCAUACUAAGGUGGAGAAACAUUUCCGUUCAGGCAUAAGCGUGCAGCGAUACAGCGCAACUGGAGCAGAUGCUCGAUUCAUUACAAUUAUGCAGGAUUACAAUCAUGUCAAAUCUGUGAAAUCAUAAU